AGGACAGAGCUGAAUGUAGUGGAUCACUCCAGAAGAAUCCAGCUCAGGCUAGCUUCAUCCUCUCUGCCAUUCCUUCUUCAUCUUAUCUCUGAAGCCAUCCAUCAGUCAGCAUGAGUUUUCACCAGCAUACCAGCUAUUCCAGCGGCCCUAUGAGGUUCACUGGAGGCUCUGUGGUCUCCCAGCGUCGUCUGGGCUCACUGUCCUCAGCACCUAAAGCCUUCAGUGUCUCUGGAGGUAGCUUAGGCUCCACCCGAAUCUCCUCAGGAGUCGCCAGGACUGUGUAUUCUGGCUAUGGUGGUGGACUGGGCAUGGCUGCUGAUGGUGGCCUCAACCUGGCUGCUGCCCUGGACAGUGACAACAUUACUAUGAAUGAGAAGGCCACCAUGCAGAACCUGAAUGAUCGUCUGGCCUCCUACCUGGACAAGGUCCGCUCCCUGGAAGCUGCCAAUGCAAAACUGGAGCAGAAGAUCCGUGAGUACUAUGAGACAAAAGGACCAGUUGCUGAGAGAGAUUACAGUGCCUACUGGGCCACCAUCAAUGACUUGAAGGAUAAGAUCAAGAAUGCCACUAUUGGCAAUGCCAACAUCCUCCUGCAGAUUGACAAUUCAAAACUGGCUGCAGAUGACUUCAAAACUAAAUUUGAGCAUGAGUUGAUAAUGCGACAGUCUGUGGAGGCUGACAUUGCCAACUUGCGACGCCUGCUGGACCAGACCACCCUGACCAAGGCUGACCUGGAGAUGCAGAUUGAAGGACUGCAGGAUGAGUUGGCCUACCUGAAGAAGAACCAUCAGGAGGAACUGGCAGCUCUGAGAGCUCAGCUGGGUGGAACUGUGAAUGUGGAGGUAGAUGCUAGUCCUCAGCAGGACCUAAACAAGGUUUUGGACGAAAUCCGUGCUCAGUAUGAGAACAUCACAGAUAAACACCGCAGAGACCAAGAGGCUUGGUUCAAUGACCAGUCGGCAGCGCUAAGCAAGCAGGUUGCUGUCAGCACAGAGUCCAUUCAGACCUCCAAGACAGAGAUCACAGACUUGAGGCGAACCCUGCAGGGCUUGGAAAUUGAACUACAAUCACAACUAAGCAUGAAAGCAGCCCUGGAGAACACACUAGCCGAGACAGAAGCUCGCUAUAGUGCUAUGCUAGCAGGCUACCAGAACCAAAUUAACAUGCUAGAGACAGAGUUGGCACAGGUGCGUGCCAGCAUCGAGCAGCAGGGCCGCGACUACACCAUGUUGCUGGAUAUAAAGAGCCGCUUAGAGCAGGAGAUAGCCACCUACAGAAGCCUCCUGGAGAAGGAAGAGUCCAGGACUCCUGGCACAGGUGGAUCCAGCACAGUUACUACCACCACCACUGUGCGCUCAGUCAGCUAAGCAGAGCAUUGCAGUCUGAGAAACACACACACAGCAGUAUGACAGUAGUCAAUUGUUAAUCAUGGUCGCAAAACCCAGGAAAUAACUGUUUGCAUUUGAUAAAGAUUAAAUCCACUUCCUUAUUGUUGUGUGUGAGUAAAACCUGUCUCUGAAAAUAAAGCUGCUGGCAAAUUUA